AAAAAAAAACAGACUGACGAUAAACGAGAUAAAUGUACAUCAAACCCUGAAAGUCGCUCUGGGAUGUCAGCCGUGGUCAACUUCAGAGGGUUUCUCAGAGCGAGGAGGUGCAUCAUGGGUAAAGAGUCCAGCGUGUUUCUUUCUCACGAACUUCAUGAUUCAGAAGGAAAAUAAACACCUGAGUGUCGUUCACAGGAGAGAAGAAGAACGGCAGCUCUUUGUUCUUCACUGGUGGACCUCACAGACGUCUCCUCAUGUCCUCACAGACGUCUCCUCAUGUCCUCACAGAUGUCUCCUCAUGUCCUCACAGACGUCUCCUCAUGUCCUCACAGAUGUCUCCUCAUGUCCUCACAGACUUCUCCUCAUGUCCUCACAGAUGUCUCCUCAUGUCCUCACAGACGUCUCCUCAUGUCCUCACAGACUUCUCCUCAUGUCCUCACAGAUGUCUCCUCAUGUCCUCACAGAUGUCUCCUCAUGUCCUCACAGACUUCUCAUGUCCUCACAGACGUCUCCUCAUGUCCUCACAGACUUCUUCUCAUGUCCUCACAGACGUCUCCUCAUGUCCUCACAGAUGUCUCCUCAUGUCCUCACAGACUUCUCCUCAUGUCCUCACAGAUGUCUCCUCAUGUCCUCACAGACGUCUCCUCAUGUCCUCACAGACUUCUCCUCAUGUCCUCACAGAUGUCUCCUCAUGUCCUCACAGACUUCUCCUCAUGUCCUCACAGAUGUCUCCUCAUGUCCUCACAGACGUCUCCUCAUGUCCUCACAGAUGUCUCCUCAUGUCCUCACAGAUGUCUCCUCAUGUCCUCACAGACGUCUCCUCAUGUCCUCACAGAAUAAUCUUCCUUCUCAACAAGAAAUAGUUCCUGGAGUUUGUUUAUAAUGAAACAGCUCCUCCUAGUGGCAGACUUGAUGCAGUGCAGAUAGUUGUUAUCCUGGAGUGUGUCUCAGUGUAUGUCUCAGUGUGUGUGUGUGUGUGUGUGUGUGUGUCUGUGUGUGUCUGUGUGUGUGUCUGUGUGUCUCUGUGUGUCUGUGUGUGUGUGUGUGUUUCGGUCCGGUCCGUAAGCUCACUCUCCUCUCUCCUCUCUCCUCUCUCCUCUCUCCUCUCUCCUCUCAGGUGACGGCGAUGAUGAUGAAGAAGGUCGUGAGGAGCGUCUCCCGUCCUGUUAUGACUACGUGAUGCAUUUCCUCACCGUCUUCUGGAAGGUUCUGUUCGCCUGUGUCCCGCCCACAGAGUACUGGAACGGCUGGGCCUGUUUCCUGGUCUCCAUCAGCGUCAUCGGCCUCCUCACCGCCGUCAUCGGGGAUUUGGCGUCUCACUUUGGCUGCACCGUGGGGCUUCGAGACACGGUGACCGCCGUGGUGUUUGUCGCUCUGGGAACCUCCAUUCCAGGUAAGAGGGAACCUUCUCCGUCCUGUGGGGGUGGGAACAUUUCCUUCCUCCCUUCCUUCCUUUCUCUUCCUUCCUUUCUUUCUCUUCUUCCUUCCUUCCUUCUUUCCUUCCUUCCUUCCCUCUUUCCUUCCUUUCUUCCUUCCUCUUUCCUUCCUUCCUUCCCUCUUUCCUUCCUUCCUUCCCUCUUUCCUUCCUUUCUUCCCUCUUUCCUUCCUUUCUCGCUGGUUCAGAGGAACACGCCGUCUCCUGAUGUUAAACUUCCACCAGAAUCACAGAUCCGGUCCUCUAAGGUCCGGUCCUCUGAGGUUCGGUCCUCUGGUCCGGUCCGGUCGUCUGAGGUCCGGUCCUCUAAGGUCCGGUCCUCUGGUCCGGUCCUCUGAGGUCCGGUCCUCUAAGGUCUGGUCCUCUAAGGUCCGGUCCUCUGAGGUCCGGUCCUCUGAGGUUCGGUCCUCUGGUCCGGUCCGGUCCGGUCCGGUCCGGUCCGGUCCGGUCCGGUCCUCUGAGGUCCGGUCCUCUGGUCCGGUCCUCUGAGGUCCAGUCCUCUGAGGUUCGGUCCUCUGAGGUCCGGUCCUCUGGUCGGGUCCUCUAAGGUCCGGUUCUCUGAGGUCCGGUCCUCUGAGGUCCGGUCCUCUGAGGUCCGGUUCUGAUCAUAUCUGUGAACAUGAGCGUCCUGAUUAACCCGCCCUCCUCUAUUUCCUCUCAGACACCUUUGCUAGCAAAGUGGCGGCCAUGCAGGACCAGCACGCAGACGCCUCCGUUGGGAACGUCACCGGUAGCAACGCCGUCAACGUCUUCCUGGGGAUCGGCGUGGCGUGGUCAGUGGCCGCCAUCUACUGGAAAAUCAAAGGGAAGCCUUUUGUGGUGGAUCCGGGGUCGCUGGCCUUCUCCGUCACACUCUUCACCAUCUUCGCGUUCAUCUGCAUGGCGGUGCUUCUGUUCAGACGCCGACCCUCCAUCGGCGGGGAGCUGGGCGGCCCCAGGAAGUCCCGCCUCCUGACCACUUUACUGUUCCUGGGUCUGUGGUUCCUCUACAUCCUCUUCUCCAGCCUGGAGGCGUACUGUCACAUCAAAGGCUUUUAA